UACUCUUUCAUAUUUGUAAUUCUGCUAUGCCCAUUUUUCAUUAUUUUAUGGGCCGUUUUAAAACGUAUUUCGAAAUGCUCGUGUAAAGGCCCCUUGUUGUUUUUGCGUUAUUUCGAUAGAGUCUGAAAACAGCUGAUGUUUGUGAACUUACUGAGAUGUAGUUAUCUUAUGGUAGCCUGGAUUACAUGUUAAAUGAAAGUAAUAUCUUGAUACAAUAAAAUAACUGUCGAAGCUCAUGAUACUGCAGAGAAAAGUGACAUUGAGGUGGAAUCUGACGCAAUUGGUGGAAAGAUUUCCCAAGCAUCAUAGUCGCGAUUAAACGCGGGGUUUUCACAUUAAAUGGCCACCGAUAUGGCCGAUACACCUGCUGUGCAGGAGAGCAGCCAAGAAUGUGCAAAUGAUGAAAAUGAAUCAGCAAAGGAUGAAAAAGAGGCCAUACAGUCUGGAGAAACUGAAAUGCUGUCUAAAAGACAAAGGAAAAGACUUCUUAAGAAUCAACAAUGGGAAGAACAGAGAGAACUUCGCAAACAGAAGCGCAAAGAGAGAAAACAGCAGAGGAAACUCGAGAGACAAGCACAGGCUGAAGACGGAGUGGAGUGGACAGGAAAGAAGCGUUUGCGCAGGUCGGCCGAGCCCAGCUCUCUCAGACUUGUCAUAGACUGCAGCUUUGAUAAUCUCAUGGUGAUCAAGGAUGUAAAGAAACUUCACAAGCAGAUUCAGAGGUGCUAUGCUGAGAACAGACGAACAUUACAUCCUGUACAGUUUUACCUCACAAGUCAUGGUGGUCAAUUAAAGCAAGUCAUGGAUGAAAUUAACAAAGGCUGGGUCAACUGGAAGGAUGUCCAUUUCGAGCCUGAUGCGUUUCAUGAAAUCAUGAAGAAGGAAGACCUGGUCUACCUCACCUCUGAUUCACCCAAUGUGCUGCAAGAACUGGAUGAAACCAAAGCCUAUGUGAUUGGAGGUCUGGUGGACCACAACCACCAUAAGGGAAUCACAUUUGGUCGAGCCCAAGAGCUUGGCAUUGCUCAUGCUCAGCUUCCACUGGGCAGUUUCGUCAAGAUGAAUAGCCGCAAGGUGCUGGCUGUCAAUCACGUUUUUGAGAUCAUCCUAGCAUUCCUGGAGAAACGAGACUGGAAGGAAGCUUUCUUUACCGUUCUGCCGCAGAGGAAGGGAGCUGUGCCAGUGGGCCAAGAGAACAAUGAUGAGGAAGACUCUGAUGAAGACUCGGACACAGAACACCCAAUCUCAGAAAAGAGAACGGACUCAAAGGACCAAUCAGAAAGCAAACAGGAAGAACAGAAAGCUGUGCUAAACCAGUCAGAUUCCAGCGAGCGAAACACAGCGUAGAGAUCUGUAACAUUUAAGCUGUUUCAUCAUUUUUGGAUGUUUUUUUGUUUUUAAUUUAUAAAUAUCUCUGUUUGAGUUUUGAGAUGCUUUAUGCAAAGGUUUGGAAUUGAAGGUGUUUUUGUUGAAACAAAUUUCUUGGGCAAAAAAAAUAAACUAAAAAAAUUAGAAAUUGCCCCUUUUUUUAGCUUUUUACACUUAAAAACAUAAACAACAAACAAUAAUGUAUAGGUUUUAUGAAAACACAGACAACUGCGAAAUUUCAUAAUUUAUAUCAGUGAGCGUUUUGUUCAUUGUAAACUUUUACAUAUUUGAUCUGCACAUUAAAAUAAUAUUUUUAUCCUGUAAAUUUAUACUGUUGACUAAAAUGUUGAUUUGUUAUGCAGUUUUGUAAUGAACAGGAUUUGUUUAUUUAUUUUUUUGUUUACUAACUAAGCAACAGGCAUUGCAUAUUAGCUGUUUUUGCUACUCUGCCACAAUGGGAUUUGUAUCUGUGAGCCAAGAGAACAAGCUGGGACACGGCAAGACCAAGAUGUAAGCCAUCCAAUCUCAGAAAAGAAAAAAACACAAAGGACCAAUCAGAGAGCAAAAAGGGAGGUACAUUAAACUCAGAUUCCAGUAAGAAUGAAAACAGGGCAAAACUGGAUCUUUGUCGUUUUGACAUUUGUUGCUGUCAUAUGUUUGUUUAGUUUUGUUUUCAUAUUAUUGAAUCACAUGCAUUUGAGAAGCAAAUCUGAUGAGGAACAUUCUUUUUAGUCUCAGACAUUUAAAUAUUAGUUUAGAUCUUAAUACAUAUGAAUGUAGUAAUGGUCUACAAACAUACUGUAUGUUACCCAUUGUUAGUAUUCUAAUAUCUGU